ACCACCCUUCAGUGCAUUACAGCUAGGGUCGCAAUCAUGCCUGCCUCGAAGGGAUCCCGUUCUUCCUCCAAGAAGGCCAAGAAGACAGGAAGCAAUGUCUUCGACAUGUUCACGCAGAAGCAGGUGGCGGAGUUCAAGGAGGGCUUCCAGAUAAUGGACCGCGACCGCGACGGCGUCAUCGACAAGACCGAUCUCCGCGGUGUCUUCGACGAGAUCGGCCGCAUCGCCACCGACAAGGAACUCGACGAGAUGCUCGCCGAAGCCCCCGGCCCCAUCAACUUCACCACCCUCCUUCACAUGUUCGCCGAGCGCUCCUCGGGAGAGUCCGACGACGACGACGUGGUGGCCGCCUCCUUCCGCGCCUUCGAGAAGGCCCCCGGCGAGAUCGACUCCGAGCAGUUCCGCACGAUGCUCAUGGCCUUCGGGGACAAGUUCACCAGCCAGGAGGUCGACGACGCCUUCGAGCAGAUGGAAAUGGACGAGGACACCGGCAUCAUCGACUCCGACGCUCUCAUCGCCAUGCUGUGCGCCAGUUCAGGGAAGGAGGAGGAGGAGGGUGCUGCCUAAGCGUACCUCCCUUCCCUACGCCCGUGCAAGAGAGACAGAGUGUGAAAGUGGACGCCAUCACCAGCAGCGGGUUGCUACCAGUGGCUGUGGCACUCAAAGCUCUUCUUGGUCAUCUACUGCUGGUUCUUACUACCACUUCCCCUUCUUCGCGAAUGAUACCCACUCUCUUCAUACCCCGCACAGUGCACCCCAUACCCUGAAUUCCCGUGUGUACCCUCCCGUCGACCCCACCUCUUGUGUGCAUCCAUGACCGCCACCUCCCCCCACGUUAUUUCGUGAACAUCACCCACCACCCUGCAUGAAUCUCCCAUAUUGAAACCACAGAGUGAAGUGUUAUGGACGACUGUGUGUGAAUUCUUCCUUCGGACAGUGAGAAACCCACCUACGUGAAAGUAGUGGAUAAGACGUUGACUGCGUGAAAGAUUUUCCAUGCAAAGUGCGCGUGCAAAUGUGUUGAUCCUCUACCUGAAAAUCCUCCCAUUAGGUUUAGUGUAAGAUGUUGGGUUUUCAAACACAUUGUUUCAAUUUGACCAAAUAGAGCUAGAUGUUUCUUAUUCAAAAUAAAUAUGCACAGCAUGACCGGACGAAUAUAAAGUGCGUUUUUCUAUCUCUUUUGUAUUUACAAGUUAUCUGCGCAGGUACAUUGAGCACAUAAUGUCUGUUAAGAUUAAUGAAUAUAAGUAGAGAGAUGUACUGCAA